GAGGCAUUGGGGAGCAGGAAGACAUGUUUCUACAAAAUGAAUUCUGAAAGCAGAAAGAACUUGAUCCUGGGAGAAGAGAAAUUUAGAUACUUCUGCUUGGAAUUUUUGAAGCACUCUCAAGCUAUUGGGGAUGGCUGGGAGUGGAAAAACGUCCAGGGAUGUGAGGAAGGAUAUCUGAGUAAGAUCUGCUAUCAAACAAGAGCUAUUGAUUCAGAUCGUGUGAAGACACAUGAGCAGGAAGAUGAGAACGCAUUCACAAUUUCAGAGGGACCUUGUUCUGGAUCCAGUGGACAUCACACCGACGCCAGCGACACCCUGGAUGAGGGCAAGCAUGAAGAAGAAGAAGAUAGCUGUGCUCUACCACAGGGAGCUCUGCAAUCAGAAGUGAUUCACUAUGAAUAUCAUGUUUUGUACUCCAUAAGCUAUCAGGCACCGGUGCUGUACUUUAGAGCAAGCUUCUUAGAUGGAAGACCCCUAACACUAGAUGCAAUAUGGGAGAGGGUGCAUGACAGCUAUAAACCUCGACUACUACAUGGACCAUGGGAAACUAUUACCCAACAAGAGCAUCCAAUUCUUGGGCAGCCGUUUUUUGUACUUCACCCAUGCCGAACCAAUGACUUCAUGUCAUUACUUCAAGGGAGCACAAGCAGAGAAGGGAAUUACAUCACUACUUGGCUCAGUACAGUAGGACCUGUGGUUGGAUUGACUUUACCAUUAAGUUAUGGAAAAACUGUGUGAAGCCAUAGCAAGAGAAGUUGGCCGUUCCAAGUCUGUGAUUUUUAGAAUAUUGCAUCUUUACAAUGUCACAAACUCAUUCAAGUCCCCCAAGAAGGAUUGUCACCCACGAAAGAAAAUGCAAGAAAGGACAGGAUAAUGCAGAGAAUCUUAAUAGGCAAUCGGUUCAACACUGCAGCUGGAAUUGUUCACCAGUUCAGCACUGAACAGGGUAAGGAUCUGUCUCAUCAUACAGUUUCUCGACGUUCAAGAGCAUUUUGACUGAAAGCCCACUCUGCAGUAAACAAACCUCUCAUUAGCAGAAUGACUCAAAAGGUUAGACUAACUUUUGCUGAAGAGCAUGUUGUAUGGACAGAGGAGCAGUGCUCCAAGCACCUUCAUCGACAACAUGUGGUUCCUUCUCUGCAUUCAUCACUCAGCCAUCAACUUUCAUGUAGGACAAUGCCCCUUGUCACACAGCAAAAUGGGUAAAACAGUUCCUUGAAACUGAAAACAUUGAAAUAAUAAAAUGGCUGGCCCAGAGUCCUGAUCUAAACACAAUAGAAAACCUCUCAAAAAUCCUUAGCAACAAAGCUAUGGUUAAGAAACCAACUACAGUCACCGAACUGUGGAAGAGUCUGGCUGAAAAGUGGACCAAAAUCACACCACAGCAGUGUGAGAGACUAGCGAUGUCCUGUUGCCACAGAUGUGAUAAAGACAUUCAGAAGAUUUAGGCUACUUUCACACUCGCGUUUUGGCUUUCCGUUUGUGAGAUCCGUCAUGGGCUCUCACAAGCGGUCCAAAACAGAUC